AUGUCUAUUUUCAGUGAUUCCAACUCUGAGAGUUUCUUUUGGAUGAUUCCUUUUGACCAACUGCACAAGACAAGGAACAGCUUAGAGCAUCAACGGCUUAGUGAUUUUGUCUUUGUUCAGUACAACUUGCAACUAAGACAGAUGGUUCAUAAGAACAAAGAGCAUGAGUAUGUGGAUCCUAUAUCAUUUGACAACACCAGCACUGUUGAAGACUGGGUAACAGAGACUGACAUGUACCUAGAAGACAAUGAAAAUACUGAUUGGAAGGCACUUGAACCGCCCUCUUAUAAUUCGAGGCUUUUAGAACUUUCAGUUGAUGAAGCUGAAGACUUGGGUUCAGGGUUUGAUGAUAACGAGAUUUUCUUAAACGGAUUGCAAUUGGUUAAAGAAGAACGCAGAACCUAAUGUCCCUAAGCCGAUGGUGCAGAAUUCAUGGACGCAAAUCUUUACGAUUGGUGACCACUUAGC